GUGUCAAUAGUUCUCUCUCUCUCACACACACACACUCACACACACAUGCUGAGAGGGCAGCAGCAGUUCACAAACACAGCAGAAGGAUAUUGGGAGGGUAUUAAUUGUUAAUAAGGCUUUGUUUGUUUAUUCGUUUGUUUAUUUGUUGGUUUGUUUUGCUAUAUUAACUGAUCAGCAGCAGGAUGUCGGGAUUAAACAGUGACCAGUUACACCGCUCCACUCUGAGGAUAUACAUGAGUUUAAUGGACCAGUAUAACCCCAGCUUACAGAGACUGAUCACUCUGGGAAAUAACUACAUUCAGGCGUUCCAAGCUCUAGCUGUGACCAGUGAAGCCUAUUACAGUGCUCUUGCUAAGAUAGGAGAGCAGGCCCUGCAGACCAUGUCGUCUCGUCUACUGGGUGAUAUACUGAUACAGAUUUCAGAGAGUCAGAGGAGACUCACCAGUGAGCUGGAAGGAGUGUUUCGCUGGUUCCAUAAUGACGUCCUGCAGGAAAUGGAGAAUAACGUCAGGCUGGACAAAGACUACGUAUCAGGCAGCAGGAGGCAGUAUGAAAUGGAGGUGAGAAACCAGGCUGCUGCUUUAGAGAGACAACUGAGGAGAGGAGGCGUACAGGACAGUACUGAAUAUGUGCAGUUCCUGAGGGACAGUCAGAGAGAGGCACUGAAGGAAGAAGAGAGGAGAUAUCGCUUCCUUGCAGAGAAACACUGUGGCCUCACUCAGUCUAUCGUAUAUCUGAUGAACAAGACAGGGGGUGCUCUGCAGCAGAGAGCUGAGGGAUGGAGGGAUCAAGUGAAUCAAACCAGAGUGUCUCGUCCGCGCACACCAUCCAGACUGGAAGACAACUACUCAGUUAGAAGCUCCAGACUGGAGGACAACAUGGUUGAUGAACACACCCGGAAUUGGGCAGAACAGUCAUUAGGCAAAGUGCCCUCUAGAGGUCCCUCCCCACAGCCCACCCGCUCUCGCUCCGGCUCAUUCGGAGAUUCUCUGGGGUUGGGAGGAGGCAGGAUGAUGCGAGCGUUGGUGCCACACCCGCCCUCCUCUAACCCCACCCUUCUGUCGUUCUCCAGAGGUGAAGUGGUCACAGUGCUUGUGCCAGAACCGCGGAACGGCUGGCUGUAUGGCCGUGCUGAAAGCUCCUCACGUCAGGGCUGGUUUCCUGCUGCAUAUGUUGGACAGUUUGAAGACCCACUCAGACCACCUGCCUCCAGCAGCACCGGCUCCCUCAGAAGCAGCAGCAGCAUGAGUGACCUUCUCGACCAAUCAACAAGCAGCAGAAGCAGCGUCGCUCCACCUCCUGCUCCACCACCUCCAUCACAAACAAAAUCUAUCGAAUCCAGAACUGUCACACCGACUCCAUCAGAAAGCAGAAGACAAGAAGACACUAUGCCUCGACCUGAACUUUUCCCCAGGGGCACAAACCCUUUUGCAACAGUGAAGCUGAAACCCACAACGACCAAUGACAGAUCAGCUCCUCGCUUAUUCAGAUGAAUCUGUCUGACUGCAGCACAUCGUAAAUCCGCUGUACACAUUCUGCUUCAUGAUGAGACAAUAAUGUGACUGCUGUAACAGAUUAGCUCAGAUAUGACUCAAGGAUUUUAAAUUUAGAUUUUAUCAAUGUUUUGGCAGCACAUUUGUGAGGGGAGGGGCUCUAUAAUUUAUAGAAAUGUAGAAAUAACCUUGUAUCAUAAAGUGACCUUGUAUAAUAGAGUGUGAGUAAUGGAAAU